AUGUCGAAUAUGUCGCGUCCUACAACUGGGUUAAUGGGAAAUCUCCAGUCAUCCUCGUGCCAGAUGUUAUUUAAUGACACCUCAAAUGGCACAGGUUCCCCGCCAGUGUGGACUCCACCAGCAACAGAUCCACGGUUGAAACCCGACAGUGAAGAUAUUUUCCGAGAUAUCAACGCGGCCCGACACCAGUCGUAUCCCUUGGAGCCUAUGUUCCGCUCGUUGAAGGUUAUGCGACCAGACUUCGACCUGCAGGCGGCAGAUAUUGUAGGAUGUGGCAGCACCAUUGGGAAUCUUCUGAGAUUUGCUAGAUCUGAAUCCAGGACAUUCCGGUUUGACGUCGAUGUCAUAGGAGAGACAGUGCUCUUCGUCCGCAAGGAAGGCUCUCCCAGAGAACUCAUCACGAAUCUACGAGGUUAUGGCCACACGUUCCCGGAUGUCUAUACAACGUGGGAUUCCGAGUCUCGGGGUUCGUGCUCUCAUCAACGCAUCAUCCGGUAUGAAUUUGGUGGGCUGAAGGUCGUGGUUCGAACGGAAACCGAUGGCUACGUCAAAGAUGAUGCGAAGGCACCAUUAAGUGUCACGAACUCUACAAGCGAAUUAAGUCUCGAAGACGCGCUUGGAGCCAUGGCCAUGAGCAGCACUGAAGUCGCCCAGGAUCAAGAACUUCAGCUAAAGCAGCAAGGCAUAGGAGUGCGUCAGGACCAGAUCUUUGAUAUAAAAACCCGUGGCAGUUACAAGCCUUUCGACAUGAAGGAAAUCAUUCACGGCUUUGGCUGA